AUGGCAGCACCACCCGCGGCCAAGCUCGACCUCGAGCACCAGACCCCCACACACCAACACGCGGACAAACUCGACGACCACGACUCGUCGGACGAAUCCAUCAUCAGCGAGUACAAACGCACGAUCGCAUCCAACUCGGUGCUGAGGCGGCUGGAUGUGCUCUCGCAGAAGCUGGCCAAGGUGUACGUCGAGUCGAUCGGCAUCCGCCCGCUCGCGCUGUCCGAACGCACGGGCACCGACUGGUGGAGUGUCGCGCUCAUCUGGUUCUCGUGCAACGUCAAUGUGCUUUCCUUUUCCGCGGGGACGCUCGUGACGCUGUUCGAGAUGGACAUGAAGUCGGCCAUGCUGACCACACUGUUUGUCGGCGCCUUCUGCUGCAUCUUUCCCGCUUACUUUACGCUGUUUGGGCCCAAGCUCGGCAUGAGGCAGAUGAUCCAGUGCCGCUACUCGUUCGGCUACUUUGGUGCUAGCUUGAUCUGCGUGCUCAACGCGGCGACCAUGUUGGGCUACUGCAUUCUCAAUUCCAUCGUGGGCGGGCAGACGCUGUCAGCCGUCUCGUCCCGGUCGGAUGGCACGUCGACGCUGACGCCCGAUGUGGGAAUCGUCGUGGCCGCGUUGAUCGCGCUCGCCGUGUCGUUCAGCGGCAUCCGCGUGCUGCACUACUUUGAGCGCUUCUUCUGGCUCCCCACGCUGAUCAGCUUCCUCAUCCUCCUCGGCAAAGCAGGAAGUGGUCCACAGGGGCUGCACGUCGCCUCGAACCAGCCUACGGCCUCGGCCGAGUCCAUCCUCGGCUUCGCUGCCAUCAUUGCCGGAUUCGUCAUCUCGUACUCGGCGCUCGUGUCGGACGUGUCGCACUACCUGCGACCGGACGUGUCUGCGCACAAGCUGUUCUGGUCCGUGUACUGCGCGUUUUUCCUGUCGUGCGUGCCGUGCAUCAUGAUCGGGGCGGCGUUUGCAUGCUCGUCGUAUGACAAUCCCGAGUGGUCGGCGGCGCUCGGGGUGAGCUCGGGCGAGUUUUUCCAGCUGAUCCUCGCGGGCAAGCUGGGCAACUUUGGCCGCUUUCUCGUCGUGCUCCUCGCCCUGUCCGUGUGCGGCAACAUCAGCGCGACCAUCUACAGCAUCGGGCUGAAUUUCCAGACCAUGCUGCCCUUCCUGGGGCCCGUGCCGCGCUUCGUAUGGCCGCUCGCCGCCACGGCCAUCUUCCUGCCGCUCGCCAUCGUCGGCCACAGCAAGUUCUACGAAACGCUCACCGACUUUACCAGCGUGCUCGGCUACUGGGCCAGCCUGUAUGUCGGCGUCGUGUUUGCCGACCAUGUCAUCAUCCGCAAACGCGACUAUGCCAGCUACAACCCCCGACACUGGAACCAGUGGUCGCAACUGCCGCCUGGCAUCGCAGCCCUCGCCGCAUGCUGUGUCAGCUUGGCCGUCGUCGUGCCCAGCAUAGACCAGGUGUGGUUCCAGGGCCCCAUCGCCAAACGCGCCGGCGACCUGGGCUUCGAAACCGGUCUCGUGGCCAGCAUCGUGCUCUAUGUCCCCCUCAGGUUGGCCGAGAAGAAGGUAUUUGGCAGGUAA